AUCGCAAACAACAAAAGAGCGGUCGUCGUUUCUCCAAAAUCUGCGUCGCGUGUCUGGGCAAGCGCCAUCUAAUCUGAAGCUUCCGUCAUAGCGCGUCGAUCUCGAGAAGAGGCUAGGAGCAGGGGGGACAAGCGCCCGUGCCUGCUGUGUCUGCGUGUUUGACAACGCUGUACAUUGGCAACUGCUUCUCUUCGCGCGACCGCCGACCACCACCGCUGCUGCUUCUGCCACCUUUCCGCUCUCUCUCCCACCCACAAGCCCGCAUUGGCGCGACAUUCCCAUCCACGCGCAUUCCCAUUGCAUCCAGCAGGUUUUUAUUUCCUUCUUCCCGGAGGCGCUACGACGGCAUUGAGAGCUCCUCCAGGAGCACACCAGCCGCGCCAGGAUGGGUUCCUGCUUGUCGGUUGAUCAGAGCCAGGACCAGAAUCAAGGCUCGUCCCAGGAGAGCGAGAACAACUCCAGCUCCGCAUCGCAGUUGUUGUCGACUUUGGCACCAGUUGCCAUCUUCGCUCUCGUCUGGGCGAUACUCUUCCUCGUUCUCAGGAACAGAUUUCCGCGAUAUUACCGGCCGCGGACGUUCGUUGGCAGUCUUCGCGAAAAUGAACGCACGCCGCGAGUUGAUGGAGGCCUCGUUGGCUGGAUCAAGGGAUUCUGGGAGCUGCCUGACACUCAUGUCCUCAAUCACCACUCCUUCGAUGGCUAUCUCUUCCUCCGCUUCCUCAAGAUCUCGGUCGUGACCUGCUUCGUGGGCUGUGCCAUCACCUGGCCAGUUCUCUUCCCCAUCAAUGCCACCGGUGGUGGAGGCAAGCAGCAGCUGGAUCUUCUCACCUUUGGAAAUGUGACCAACAAUUACUACAAGAUGUUCGCCCACGCCGGAUGCGCCAUCAUCUUUUUCAGCUUCGUCAUUUACAUGAUCACUCGUGAGAUGAUCUACUAUAUCAACCUCCGACAGGCUUACCUUAUGUCACCGCUAUACGCCAGCCGUCUCUCGUCUCGCACUGUUCUCUACACCUCGAUUCCGGAGGAGUACAUGGACGAAGGCAAGCUCCGAAGCAUGCUCGAGCCAGGUGUGCGCAAGAUCUGGCUCGCAACCGAUUGCAAGGACCUCGAGGAGAAGGUUGAGGAACGCGACAAGGUGGCCAUGAAGCUCGAGGCCGCUGAGACCAAGCUCAUCAAGACUGCAAGCGCGAACAAGUUGAAAGCGAACAAGAAGAGCGGAAAGAAUGCCAACGCUGGCGCAGAGGAAGCAGCAGUGGGAGAUGGGCACGCGGGCUUCGCACAAUACCUCAACCAAAAGGACCGCCCAACUCACAAGACCAAGUUCAUCGGUGGCAAGAAAGUGGACACGAUCGAAUGGUGCCGAAGCGAGCUUACGAGAAUCAUCCCGGAGGUCAACGCGGAACAAGCGAAGCACAAGUCCCACCAGGCAACUCGGCUCAACUCUGCCUUCGUGGAAUUUGACACCCUCAGCGCAGCCCAGGCGGCGUAUCAAAGUUUGACACACCACCAGGUUCUUCAGAUGUCCCCACGAUUCACGGGAAUGACACCAGGCGAGGUCAUUUGGUCCAACCUUAGGAUCCAGUGGUGGGAGCGUCUUGUCAGGAAAGUGUCUACCACUGCCUUCGUUGUUGCUCUGAUCGCCUUCUGGUCCAUUCCUGUAGCAGUGGUCGGUGCCAUCAGCAACAUCGACAAGCUUACAACUUGUCUGCCAUGGCUCGGCUUCAUCAACGAUAUUCCACGGACCAUUCUCGGCGUCAUCACUGGCCUCUUGCCGGUCGUGUUGCUUGCUGUCCUCAUGGCUCUUCUCCCUAUCAUUCUGCGUCUCAUGGCCAAGCUUGGAGGUGCACCGACUCGUAGCGCCGUCGAGCUCACGGUCCAGCACAGCUACUUCGCUUUCCAGCUCGUCCAGGUCUUCUUGGUUGCUACCCUCGGUUCGGCCGCUUCCUCUGUCAUUCAGGGCGUCGCUCAAGACCCAAGCAGCGCUCCGAUGCUCCUGGCUUCCAACAUCCCGCUGGCUAGCAAUUUCUACCUGUCUUACUUCAUCCUUCAAGGUCUUGCCAUCGUCAGCGGUCUCCUCGUCGGCCUGGUUGGUCUGGUACUCUUCCUCGUCCUCGGCAAGAUUCUCGACAAGACUCCUCGCAAGAUGUACAACAGGUGGAUCUCACUAUCUGGACUUGGAUGGGGUACACUAUUCCCCGUCUACACCAACUUGCUGGUCAUCGCCAUCUGCUACGCUGCCAUCGCACCACUUGUCCUCGCCUUCGCAGGCAUCGGUCUCUUCUUGUUCUAUUUCGCAUACCGAUACAACUUGAUGUUUGUCUCCAACGUCCAGGUUGAGACCAAGGGCCUAGUCUACCCACGAGCUCUGGGACACUUGUUUGUUGGUCUUUACGUCGCCGAAGUGUGCCUUAUCGGUCUUUUCGCGAUCGCCACGGGACAGAGCAUCGGAGCACUUGGUCCAUUGAUCCUUAUGAUUAUCAUGCUCAUCUUCACCGCGCUCUACCACAUCAGCUUGAACUCCGCAAUGGAGCCAUUGCUGAACUAUUUGCCAAAGUCACUGGAUGCUGAAGAGCGCCACCUAUUGGCGAUCGAGCAAGGUAGCGCCGACGGUGUCGAGGGUGAGAAAUUUGCUGCUAAGGACGUACCCGCCAACGGCAAUGGUGGUAAGGCCGCCCUUGAUGGACCAAACCGCGACUUGGGACCAGCUCCACACAAGAAGCCCAAUUUGUUCGUCAAGUGGCUCCGCCCAGACAUCUACACCGACUACAAGACCAUGCGACGACUGGUACCAAAGGAAAUCGCAAUUCACUACGACGAGGAUACAUCAGCGAAUGCCUUCUACAACCCAGCCAUCUCCAGCCCAACUCCUCUCCUCUGGGUGCCACGCGACAACCUCGGCGUCAGCCGACAGGAGGUUGCAGACACCAGCAAAGUCAUCCCAAUUACCGACGAAGGUGCCUUCCUGGAUGAGAAGAACAAGAUCGUAUGGGAUGCCGAGGAUGGACGUCCUCCGAUCUACGAAGAGAAGAUCUAUUACUAGGCUUCUCAGUAAUGACUGUCAAACGUGCAUACGUGGCCACAGUACACGUGAUACCCCCCCGAAAACACCGGUUUCCUGAUACUCGUUUGGAAAGUUUUGAUGGCUUGAGGGCUUUUGAGCUUUCGUUGGCCCGGCAUGGCGAGAGCGAUGAUACCAGUAUGGACGCGAAUGUUUCUGCAGAAGCGUGCCUUUUUCUUGAUUGUUUGCAUUUCCUUUACACGCUUGCGGAGUAGUAAUUACAUUGCAUGGAUGGAUACCCUUAUCCUCAGUGGGAUAUGCAUACGCACGUAUAUGGAGGUACGAGCAAUGAAUAUGACUUUGUCGAUGACCUCAGCAA